AUGGCUCUACCUGCAGAGUUCAAGAGCUCUAUCUCUAUUACCCACGUUACCACGGCAACUGCGGUAUUGGAAAUCGAUGGCGUCAAGUUUAUUACCGAUCCCAUUUUUGAUGAAGCCCCGCAUGACUACGAUCUGUCACACUUAACCGGACAGGAACCCGGUGCGGUAGUCCUGACCGUUACAGAGAGUCCCAAGGUUGGCAUCAAGCAGCUUCCGGUUAUCGAUUGCGUCCUGCUCAGUCACGAGGACCAUGUCGAUAACCUAGAUGAGACGGGUCGCCAACUCCUCAUCAGUCGCCGAGUGAUUACCACACCCGAUGGCGCCAAGAAUCUGUGCGGUUAUCCUGGCGUAUCUGCUAUUCAGCCCUGGCAGACCUUGAAGUUCCGCCUAGACGGUGAAGAGUGGAGUAUUACUGGCAUUCCUUGUGUCCACGUCCCUGGAGGAGAGGUUACGGGAUUCCUGUUGCAUAAGGAGUCGUUUGGCGUCAGCCCUGAUGGUCGUCCGAACGUUUUCUACUUCACUGGAGAUACAAUCCUCCUGGAAGAUGAGUUCAAGAAGAUUCGGGAUCAGUAUCACGUUGUAGUUGCCCUCGUCAAUCUUGGACAGGCAAUGGCACCUAACCCCGAAAGCCCAACUGGAUUCACGCAAAUUACAAUGGGAGGCACCGAUGCUGUGCGAAUGUGCGAAAUCCUAGAGGCCGACAUGCUCGUCCCGAUGCAUUUUGAGUCGUGGACGCAUUUUACUCAGGACGGUCAAGCUUUGAAAGAAGUUUUCAAUGCUGGGGGUAUUUCAGAUAAGGUCAAGUGGUUAACUUCUGGCGCAAAAGUUCAAAUCAUCUAA